AUGGAGUCUCCGAGAUCGCUUCUGGUACUCAGCGCCGUUGGCUGCAUCAUGCUUUGGGGCAUCAUGCUGGUCAACGGCACCCUGGAUGGUGUGUCGACCGUGGUUCAGACGGGCAAAUUCCCAGACGGCCGGCUACUUCGAGCUACCUACACCGGCUAUGCCCUAUUUGAUAAGAAGUUCAGUAAUGUCGUAGUCUUCUUCGAUCUGCUAUCCAACGCCAAACCCGAUGCGCCCAGAUGGCUGCUGUUCCAUCUCUGCAAUUUACUGGGGGCAAUAGAUACAUGGGUGCUGAUCGAAAGCCGCCGUCGCGGAGUCCGCAAUCUUUUCCUACGCCAUACCAUCAUCUUCAUCUUCAUGUGGAACAUUGCUGGCGCUGCUUUCAUCACCCCCAUAUACUUCUAUCUUAUCUGCAGUAGUGGUUACACAGCCCGCGAUGCUACUAUCCCUCUAAAUGAGGCUCGAGGCUUUCCACCUACAGUCAUCGCGAACGCUCUGUUCCCUCUUCUGUUGUUCAUUCCCACGUGGCACAACUGGCCUUCUCACGAUCAUCAAGGAAACAUUGGGCUCUACCAUUUUACGCCCAUGCUCAUGAUCGUCACUGUGGUUCUCUGCAGCCGGCCUGGAACAUCGCUGACUGUCUUCGAAUCACCCAAGGAUAAGAAUGCCCCCAAUGAAGAUGCCCCUUGGGUUGUGGCCUCGUUCUUGGCCACCGGGGUUAUCUCAGCAGCCGUACAUUUGUACGUCAUCGCCAGCGCACUUACUCUCCCCUCCACGUCCGAUUUGACAUGGCCCCGUCUCUUCUGGCCGAAGCCGCAAAACGUAUAUACAGCUCCCCAAGGUUCUUACGAGGCACUUUUGGAAGGCGCACAUCUUUUCACGCAGCUCGACGCGCUGGUCCUGUCAUCAGCUUGUGUCAUAUUCACCCACCAUCUGCUGCAGAGUGCCACUCCACCCAAGUCACAGGACAGCAUGCGAGACAUGUGGAAGAACAUACUGGGGACUGUAUGCCUUGGUCCGGGCGCUGCUGGAUCUUUCGCUCUUGCUGCGAGGGAAUGGAGACUCAGGGAGCUUGUUGAUACUAAGAUUGAAUAG